AUGGCAAUGGUGUCUUUGGGCUUUGCUGCUGUUUCCGAUGAGAACUUUGAGAAGUGUGUCAAAAACCCUGGCAAGGUGGCGCCAGCAAGAUCUCUUCUCACCCAGCGUGCACCGGCGGAUGCCAUCAAGCAUGCGCUACGCCAGAAGGCGCGUACUCUGGGAACAUCAUUAUCUGAUCCAGAUCACAUCAGGAAAAAAUUACCACCAACCGAAGAAUGCUUUGACUUGCUUCUCGCCGACAAGACAUGGGUCGUGUUCACAUUGGUCUUGCCAGAAGAUCAUUUCGUCCUGGAUUUGAAGAACGGGAAGCUGAAGCAGGUUGGAGCCGGAUUUGAGAUUCAGGAUUGGAACCCUCUGGACCCCAGAUGGGGUAGCUCAAUGGCAUCCAAAGCCCGUCUCGACGUGACAGAACAAAAUCUGGCCAGCGUUGAGCCCAGCAAGAUGCCUGCACCUCCAGUUUGGACAUUCUACAUCGGUGUCAGUGGGGACAUGGCGGCUCGGAUCAUUGCAGCCCCCAGGGAGGCCCGCGCCUACAUCUUGGACCUUUUCGAGCACAGAGAAAUGGGGAACCUGGUUCGCAAGCAAGCUGGGCACAAGAUUGCCAACAUGAUGGGCAACGGUGACACCAUCCCUAUGUUUGAAGAUGUGUUUGCAUGCGCGUUGCUCCAGAGCAUUCUGGACGAAAAGAAAGCGGUGGAGCAGCAUCAUAUCCUAACGCUCAAGAUCUCCUGUUACGAUGUGGCAUCGACCUUGCAGCACAUUCCAGGGAUGUCUUCAAUUUGGGUGCCGAAGGAUUUGGAGAAACUCAAAGCGGCUCCUCUCCACGUGACGGUGGCUUCUUUCUCCUUGACAGAUCGUUGCCUCCAGAAAGAGCAGCCAGUGGGGAAGUAUCACGAGAUCAAGAACAAUGUCGAGUUGGAUGAUACUUGCAAGAGGCGCAGGGACUUGGAGAGAAACAUAGCGAGCAUGUUUUAA